GGCGCUUACUCCCAAGUGCUGGCUCGAUGGUUUUCUCGAAUCUAUCAUCGGACGAAAAGGAAGCUUUCUUCUCUUUAUUGGACGAGUACUUCUCGUCCCGACCCGACGUUCUCGGGGGCACCGCCGGAGCAGACGCGAGUGGAUCAAAGGAUGCUGCUGGUGCUGCUGCAUCUGCGGUGCAUAGGGCAUUAGCAUCAAACCCUCAAGCGACGUCCCAGCUUGUGUCCGCAGGCCUGAGGCAUGGCGUGCCCAAGUCCAGCCCUUAUGCUGCUGCUGCAUCAGACCCUGCGAUAACGAAUUCCGUGGGACGAGUCGCGGCUGCAGCUGCAGCCUUCCGUUCUUCUCCAAGCAGCGAUGCGUCGCUGGGCAAGCCUCCCGCUCCCCCUCGAAGGACUUCAACUCAGUCAUCGUCUGAACACGAACCCCAUGAGCGCGUACCGAGCACCGCUACCUUGACGACUGUUCGUAAAUUCGGCUCUGACGUCGACACGUCCUCCGCGAAGAACCUGUUCACGUCGCUGCGAGGCUCGUCCGCCAACAAGGGCAAGUCCCCGCCGGCGCUUGCCCCGCCGAACCCGCCUGCGUUCGCCCCGCGCAGGAACAACUUUGCACCACCCCCGAGGCGGGCUGGUUCUGAGGAGCCGCCGCAUGCGCCGCAACCUGAGCCCGAGCCCGAGGAAGAAGAGGCGCAGGGGGAAUGGGCAGAAGCUUUGUACGACUAUUCCAGCGAGGACCCUGGCGAUCUCCAGCUGCAGGCGUCGCAGAGGAUACUCGUGGUGGAACACACUUCGGAUGAUUGUCCCCGCUUCGUACGUGAAGGUCUUGUAAAGAUGAACAUCCGCGGAAGCGAUGUCCGGUGCCGGAGGAUGUCUGACUGGACUCGCCUCACUCGCCUUCGUAAUUAUUAUGUUGAACACAGGGUAUAUUUUCUGGGUCAAAGUGUAGAAUACAAGGGGGCGCCGUGAGUGGUCAUUUAACCACCGGCAGGACGGAUAGUCGUACGACCCGGGAGGCAUCCUGUCAAACCCGGAUGAAAAGCAUCUAUGCAAUAAAUUGAACGACAGCAACUCCAUACAAUACAACAAGAUAUCGGGACACCGCGCGUUGUCUACAUGUAUGCUCUACUGUGUUUUCUUCUCCUUCUCUAUCUUCUUGCCAGUCGAACCUCCAAUAGUAUAUCCCACCGUCCCGACGCCCACGAGCGCCGCGCCCAGCCACAUCAUCGUCAUAUCCGCCUGGCCCUUCCCAGCCUUGAAGAACAACACGCUGAUCAUCAGCGACACGGCUUUACGCACGGUGAGCACGAGCGUGACGGUGAGCGAGGAAACGCGGGCGGUGAGGCGGUGCAC